AUUGACAGUGAAAAGAAAAUGAAUUUGGAUAUAGGGUUUAUUGAAGAUAUGUGGCUCACGAUUAUAAACCAAAAUGGGGGCUUUACAAUGUGGCUGUCUUUAAAAACUGUUUUCUUCCCAUUUAUUGUUGUUAUAAUGAUAUGGUUUUGGAGACGUGUUCAUAUGCUCUCAAGAUCACCAGCUUUAUUAGAAUAUAUGCUGAUAUAUUUAGGGCUUACUUUAACUUUCUUAAAUAUGCCUUUGGAAUACUUAACUUUGAUAUAUGAUAUGCCAUUUAUGUUACUUUUGGGCGAUAUACGUCAAGGAAUAUUUUAUGCAAUGCUACUAUCAUUUUGGCUUAUAUUUGCCGGAGAACACAUGCUGAUUCAAGACAAAGAAAGUACAUUGAAGGAAUAUUGGAAGAAUCUCUGUGCUGUGGCUAUGGGCUGCGUUUCUUUAUUCAUUUUUGAUAUGUGUGAACGUGGUGUGCAACUCCAUAAUCCAUUCUACUCUAUUUGGGUUACAGAUAUUGGAACAAACUUAGCACUAACUUUCAUUAUCCUCGCUGGAAUUUCAGCUGGUGUUUACUUUAUGUUCCUUUCCUACAUGACAUGGAAAGUGUUCUGUAACAUUAGCAUUAAGCAGUCUUCAUUGCCUGCUAUGUCUACAGCUAGACGAUUACAUUAUGAAGGAUUAAUUUAUCGUUUUAAAUUUUUAAUGCUAGCUACUUUAUUAUGUGCAGCUUUAACAGUUAUUGGUUUUAUUUUGGGACAAGUUACUGAAGGAAAAUGGAAGUGGGAUGACGAUAUUGAUCUCAAUUUUACUUCAGCCUUUUUCACUGGAGUUUAUGGAAUGUGGAACAUUUAUAUUUUUGCAUUGAUUAUUUUAUAUGCUCCUAGUCAUAAACAGUGGCCUGCCGAUAGUCAUAUAACUGAUCAUAGUGUGAGUGAAGAAAUAGAAUUCAGCCGUUUGCCAACAGAUCCUUGCUCAAGUGAAAUAUCAUCCCUUACUUCAUUUGUUAGAAAAACAGCAGUGGAUUAAAUGCGAAAAUCUAUGGUUGUUAUAUG